UGUCAGUGUCAGCUUUGCAUCUUAAACUAAACAAAUAUUAUUUUUUCACAAUUAUUUUAUCUUUAUUUAAAAUAAAUUGAUUUACAUAUCAUUAUCCUCCAUUAAAUAAAGUCUCUAUGGCGCCUACUAAAAAUGGUUCAGUCCGUGGAAAACGAUCUAACCAACACACUCAACGAGAUUAUGCAGAAAGGUUCAACGAUUUAAGCAUGCAUUCGUCUGGAGACAGUGAAGAUAGUUCAGACAGUUCAGAUACUGAAGGCGUAGAAGCUACAUUUGCAGUAAGCAUGUGGGAUUUAAACCAUUGUGACCCAAAGAAAUGCUCAGGACGAAAACUCUUGCGGCAUAAACUUAUCAAGAAUUUAAAACUUGGUCAAAAAUUUCAAGGGGUUGUGCUUUCUCCAGUUGGAACUCAAUGUGUUAGUCCAAGUGAUAAAGAUAUAAUAGAAAAGUUUGGAUUGGCUGUGAUAGAUUGUUCGUGGGCUAAAAUUGAUGAGACACCAUUUCAACGAAUGAAAUCUCCUCAUCCAAGGCUAUUACCAUUUUUAGUCGCGGCCAAUCCCAUAAACUAUGGCAGGCCAUACCAACUAAGUUGUGUAGAAGCUUUGGCCGCAGCCAUGUUUAUUACAGGUCAUAAAAAAGAAGCCAAUUUUUAUUUAUCAAAAUUCUCAUGGGGACAUUCGUUUUUAGAACUGAAUUCUGAAGCAUUAGAUAUGUAUUCGAAUUGUACAGAUAGUAAAAGUGUAAUAGAAGCACAAAGCAAAUACUUAGAAUCUGCUGCAAAUGAAAAAGAUACUAGAAAAAUGUGGCCGUCAAGUGAUUCAGACAAUGAAAGUGAUGAUACUGAGUAAAAAGUAUAAUUAUUUGUAAUCAUAUUCUGAUAUUAAAUAAUUUAUAUUUAUUAUAUUUCAUUCCAUAUA